CUACCCCUCAGUCCCAGGAGAGCUCAGCAGCUCUGACCUGCCACAAGGAGGUAAUCCACAUUCAGAUCAAUCACGCUGCUGCAGAGCUUGUACCUGUGCACACCUCCCCCAGGCUCCAUGCUCCGCCGGCUCGAAGGAGUCUUCGUUUAUGGGCUUUUUCGGGGACUUGUCCUGUCACUUCUAAAGCACAUCGCUGAAGGCUGCCAUCACUAAAUCUCCACAGGAUACUCUCACUUUCUCCAUGGAACUUAAUGCAGGUGUCACUCUGUGAACGUGUGAGCUCAUAGCCAAUUAACAGCAGCGUCGGGACCAGCGGAGAGCGAACCAACAGUCAGACCAUGGACCUUAGAUUCAGACAGCUGUCGCUUCUCAGCAGGGCAGCUCUUCAUCUCCUGCUGCUGGCCAGACUGGUGCUGCCUUCUCACACAGAGAGCAUGCCCAGCUUCAUCAAGUCCCCUGACGAUCAAACAGGGAUUUCGGGAGGAGUGGCGUCGUUCGUAUGCCAGGCGGUGGGUGAGCCCAAACCUCGGAUCACCUGGAUGAAGAAGGGGAAGAAAGUCAGCUCUCAGCGCUUUGAGGUGAUUGAGUUCGACGAUGGCUCAGGCUCGGUGCUGCGUAUCCAGCCUCUGAGGACGCACCGCGAUGAAGCCAUCUAUGAAUGUACAGCCACCAACAGCGUGGGAGAGAUCAACACUAGCGCCAAACUCACCGUCUUAGAGGAGGACCAGAUACCCCAUGGUUUCCCCACCAUAGACAUGGGGCCCCAGCUGAAGGUUGUGGAGAGAACACGUACCGCUACAAUGCUGUGUGCAGCCAGCGGAAAUCCCGACCCAGAGAUCUACUGGUUCAAAGACUUCCUACCAGUGGACAUCAGCAGCAGCAACGGCCGCAUAAAGCAGCUGCGUUCAGGUGGUACACCAAUAAGAGGAGCGCUUCAGAUUGAGAACAGCGAGGAGUCCGACCAGGGCAAGUACGAGUGCGUGGCAGUCAACAGCGCUGGGACUCGCUACUCGGCUCCAGCUAACCUUUAUGUUCGAGUUCGCCGUGUGCCUCCCCGUUUCUCCAUCCCCCCCACCAAUCACGAGGUGAUGCCCGGUGGCAGCGUCAACCUGACCUGCGUGGCGGUCGGCGCCCCCAUGCCUUACGUCAAGUGGAUGAGCGGUGAAGUGGAGCUGACCCGUGAGGAUGAGAUGCCUAUUGGCCGCAAUGUCCUGGAGCUCACCAACAUCCGCCAAUCUGCCAACUACACCUGUGUGGCCAUAUCCUCCCUGGGCAUGAUCGAGACAACAGCCCAGAUCACUGUCAAAGCUCUACCAAAGCCGCCCACGUCCCUCAUUGUGACAGAAACCACAGCCACCAGUGUCACCCUCACCUGGGACUCUGGCAACCCAGAACCUGUGUCCUACUAUGUGAUUCAGUACCGUGCCAAACUUUCUGACAAUGGUUUCCAAGAAGUAGACGGCGUUGCCACAACCCGAUACAGCAUCGGUGGCCUCAGCCCCUUCUCUGAAUACGAGUUUCGCGUCAUGGCCGUCAACAAUGUAGGCCGGGGGCCUCCCAGCGGUAUAGUGGACACACGGACAAGCGAGCAGGCACCCUCAUCACCGCCUCUUCAUGUCCAGGCACGCAUGCUCAGCUCCAGCACGAUGCUGGUCCAGUGGGAAACUCCAGAGGAGCCCAAUGGCCAAAUCCGGGGAUAUCGGGUCUACUACAGCACCGACCCCGAUGCCCCACUCAGCGCCUGGCAGAAACACAACACAGAUGACAGCCAGUUCACCACCAUCUCAGGCCUGACGACAGAUAUCACCUACAGCCUACGAGUGCUGGGCUUCACCUCUGUGGGAGACGGGCCUCCUUCUGACAUUCUACAGAUCAAAACCCAGCAGGGAGUUCCAGCUCAGCCAUCUGGUUUUGAGGCAGAGGCCGAGCUGGACUCACGCAUCAUGCUGUCAUGGCUUUGGCCUGUCCAGGACCCCAUCAUUAGCUUUGAACUGCUCUACUGGGAGGCCAACAAUCCAACAGACAAGCAUCGUGUCACUUUCGACGCAGCAGGCUCGUAUGCAGUUGAUGGUCUAAAGCCAGAUACGCUGUAUAUGUUUUCUCUGGCGGCACGAUCUGAGAUGGGUUUAGGAGUCUUUACUCAGCCUAUUGAAGCCAGGACCGCCCAGUCUUCCCUCUCAGCUCCUCCCCAGGAGGUUCGCUUGCUCAGCCUCAGCUCCACCAGCAUUAAGGUGAGUUGGGUGGCGCCGCCCACAGACAGCCGCUCUGGAGAAAUAGUGAGCUACUCUCUAGCCUACCAGGCAGUCACAGGAGAGGACUUGAAGAACCACCAGGUGUCAGGGAUCGGUGCUGAUGCCACCAGCUACGUGUUAGAGGACCUGGAGAAGUGGACCGAGUAUUUGGUGUGGGUGAGGGCUCACACUGACAUUGGGCCCGGCCCAGAGAGCUCUGUAGCCCGCAUCAAAACCAAGGAAGAUGUGCCUGGAGCUCCUCCCAGGAAGGUGGAGGCAGAAGCCCUCAACUCCACUGCCCUCAGGGUGACCUGGAAGCCUCCCCUGUCUGUAAAGCAGCAUGGCCAGAUCAGAGGCUACCAGCUGGUCUACUCCAGGCUAGAGAAGGGGGAGCCUCACGGCCAGCCGCUCAUCAUGGACGUCGCCCUGCCUGAUGCCCAGGAGGCCAUUGUAACAGGUCUGAUCCCAGAAACUUCCUAUUCUGUGACUGUGGCCGCGUAUACCACCAAGGGUGAUGGCGCUCGCAGCAAGUCAAAGGUGGUCACCACCACAGGAGCAGUGCCUGGCAAGCCCACAAUGAUGAUCAGCACCACCAUAGGGAACACCGCCCUGAUCCAGUGGCAGCCCCCUAAAGAGAUGGUGGGGGAGCACGUGGGAUACCAGCUGCAGUACAAGAGAGCAGAGGAGGAAGCUUUUACCAUCAAAGACUUCAGAAAGACAGACGAUCAUUUCACCGUCACCGGCCUCCACAAGGGAGCCGUCUACAUCUUCAAACUGUGCGCCAAAAACAAAGCAGGCAACGGGGAGGAGUACUUGAAGGAGAUCAGCACCCCUGAAGACAUUCCCAGCAGCUACCCACAGAAUCUGAGCGUGGUCGGCCUGACUGCAACCUCCACCAAGCUGGCCUGGGACCCCCCUCCUCUGGCUGAGAGAAAUGGCAAGAUUGUCAAGUAUGUGGUGGUGUAUCGAGAUAUUAACAGCCAGCACAACAACACCAACAUCACCACAGAAACACAGAUGACUGUCAGCGGCUUGCAGCCUGACACGACCUACGACAUCAGAGUCCAAGCUUUCACAAGCAAGGGGGGAGGCCCUAUCAGCCCCAGCAUCCAGAGCAGGACCAUGUCCACCUCAAUGCCAGAUCUUCCCUCAGUUUUCACCAAGAACUUUGGUGUGAAGGCCGUGAUGAAAACUUCAGUCCUGCUGACCUGGGAAGUGCCAGAAACCUACAAAUCUCAAGUUCCUCUCAAGAUUUUGUACAACCAGCAGAGCGUCGAGGUUCAAGGCAACCUGAAGAGGAAGCUGAUCACACAGCUGCAGCCAGACACUGAUUAUUCCUUUGUGCUGAUGAGUCGAGGGAACAGCGCUGGUGGCCUCCAGCAGCAGGUCUCCAUCCGAACAGCUCCAGACCUGCUGACGAUGAAACCGGCUCGAUACCAGGACGAUGUGGAAGAAGGUGGCAAAGUGACCAUCAGCCUGCCCAAGGUUCCUGCUGGAGCCUCUGUCAGGUGGUACUACAUAGUGGUGGUCCCUGUCACUGCAGCUUCUCAGAGGAGAUGGGAGAACCCUGAAGACAUGGACAUACAUGAGCUCCUGGAGGCCGGUGCUGACAGCAGUCUCCAGAGGAAGAAGAGACAGAGCCAGGACUUCCUGCAGCCAUACAUCGCUGCCAAGCUGGAUGCUCUGCCUGAGAUCUUCACUCUGGGUGAUGAAAAGAAAUACAAUGGCUACUACAACAAACCUCUUCCUGGCCAGCAGCAGUACCGCUGCUUUGUGCUGGCUGACCUGGCGGACCAUGAGUCUCAGAGGACGUUUGCAGCCAGCCCGUUCUCCGAGCCCCUCAUGGUGAAGCUCAGCGGGGUGAUCCGACAGCCUCAGGAGGACCCGGAGAUGCUGUGGGUGAUGGGUCCAGUGUUGGCUGUCAUCCUCAUCAUCAUCAUAGUCAUCGCUAUUUUACUCUUCAAGAGCAAACAAGAAAGAAAACGAACAUCACCAGCCAAGGACGAGCACAUGGCGGGGGUGAAGGACUCCCUGCUGGCCCACUCCUCAGACCCUGUAGAGAUGAGGAGGCUCAACUAUCAGACACAAGGGAUGAGGGAACAUCCUCCCAUUGCUAUUUGUGAUCUGGCUGACCACACAGAGAGACUCAAGGCCAACGACGGUCUGCACUUCUCCCAGGAGUAUGAGUCUAUUGAUCCAGGACAGCAGUUUACCUGGGAGCACUCCAACCUGGAGGUCAACAAGCCAAAGAACCGCUAUGCAAAUGUUAUCGCCUACGACCACUCCAGAGUUAUUCUCACACCUGUGGACGGAGUUCCAGGUAGCGACUACAUAAAUGCCAACUACAUUGACGGCUACAGGAAGCAGAAUGCUUACAUUGCCACACAGGGACCGCUGCCGGAGACGCUGAGUGACUUCUGGAGGAUGGUGUGGGAGCAGAGGACCUGCACCAUCGUCAUGAUGACCCGCCUAGAGGAGAAGUCACGGGUGAAGUGUGACCAGUAUUGGCCCAGUCGAGGCACAGAGACAUAUGGGAUGAUUCAGGUGACCAUGUUGGACACUGUGGAGCUGGCUACAUACAGCGUGCGAACAUUCGCCCUCUAUAAGAACGGCUCCAGUGAGAAAAGAGAAGUUAGACAGUUCCAGUUUCUGGCCUGGCCUGACCACGGCGUGCCUGAGUAUCCCACCCCAACACUGGCCUUUCUACGCAGAGUCAAGGCCUGUAACCCUCCAGAUGUUGGACCCAUGGUGGUUCACUGCAGCGCUGGUGUGGGCCGGACGGGCUGCUUCAUCGUGAUCGACGCCAUGCUGGAGAGGAUGAAACACGAGAAGUCGGUGGACAUAUACGGCCAUGUGACGUGUAUGCGAGCUCAGAGGAACUACAUGGUGCAGACGGAGGAUCAGUACAUAUUCAUCCAUGAGGCCCUGCUAGAAGCUGCAACGUGUGGCAACACAGAAGUCCCUGCCCGCAACCUGUAUGCCCACAUCCAGAAGCUCACCCAGGUCCCUCCUGGAGACACGGUCACAGCCAUGGAACUGGAGUUUAAGAAACUGGCCAACUCUAAAGCACAUACCUCAAGAUUCAUCAGUGCCAACCUGCCGUGUAACAAAUUCAAGAACCGCCUGGUGAACAUCAUGCCUUUUGAAUCCACUCGCGUCUGCCUGCAGCCAAUCAGAGGGGUGGAGGGCUCCGACUACAUCAAUGCCAGCUUCAUUGACGGAUACAGGCAGCAGAAAGCGUACAUGGCCACCCAGGGCCCAUUAGCCGAGACCACUGAGGACUUCUGGAGAAUGUUGUGGGAACACAACUCCACCAUCGUAGUCAUGCUCACCAAGCUCCGCGAGAUGGGACGGGAGAAGUGCCAUCAGUACUGGCCUGCUGAGCGCUCUGCACGCUACCAGUACUUUGUCGUGGACCCCAUGGCUGAGUACAACAUGCCUCAGUACAUCCUGAGAGAGUUCAAAGUCACAGAUGCCAGGGAUGGUCAGUCGAGGACCAUCAGGCAGUUUCAGUUCACCGACUGGCCCGAACAAGGAGUGCCAAAAACCGGGGAGGGAUUCAUCGACUUCAUCGGCCAAGUUCAUAAAACUAAAGAGCAGUUUGGACAAGACGGACCAAUCACUGUGCACUGCAGUGCUGGUGUUGGGCGGACUGGUGUGUUCAUCACCCUGAGCAUCGUCCUGGAGAGGAUGAGGUACGAGGGAGUGGUCGACCUCUUCCAGACUGUCAAGACUCUCCGAACUCAGCGGCCUGCCAUGGUGCAGACAGAGGACCAGUACCAACUGUGCUACCGGGCUGCUCUGGAGUACCUGGGAAGCUUUGACCACUAUGCAACAUAACCCCACCCAGAAAGACACCCUCAGCAGAGUUCGGUGUCUCCUCUGAGCCAUAUCCACUCAGCUCCAUCAGUCCCUGCGGCCUGAUGAGGAGGCUACGAGGAGGACUGAUGAGGACAGCAGGAAUCAGAGGAGAUGAGAGGGAAGAGGAGAGACCUCCUCCUGGACUGGUGCCAUGAUUCUGCCACAGACCCCCCCAACACCAAAACCUCCCAACCCUAACAGACUCGUACUGUAGUCACGCCUCAUUCUGAUUCCCGUCACUCCCACUUUCUGCCUCCUCUUAACAGCAAAAACAGUUUUUUCUGCUCUUUUCAUUUAUACUCAUCAUGUUGUUCUGCAUAUUUACAAAUUAUUUUGUGAUCACUUACACUGGUUAUAUAUGUCUUAAUGGGCCUUUUCUUAAUUUGCUUAUCUUUUUAUUAUUUUUAUUAGCACACAGGACAUGUGUUUUCAACAUGCUCCAAGUUAUUAAUCCUGGAGAUCGUAUACUCACAGCUGCUAAUGAUUUUGUUUUGUACCAUAGAUAUGAUAUUCUAAUGUUAUCGUUGGUCUUAUUUAGAGGGAAACGUGGGUUUUGACUUUCUGUCUUGACAUCCAACAGAACAAUGAUAUUUACCAAACAGAUCCAAUAAGCAGAUACGGUUCGUGAGCUACAUGGCUAUAAAUGUGCAAAGACUAUUCACAUCUGAAUAACUGCUAGCAUGUACAGAGUUUCUUGUCAUUAACUGUUGACUAAUUUCAAGACUUUCAACAAAAGAAAAAUGAAGCUGUUGGAAUGGUAUGGGUGUACUCUUAAUGUGGACUCAGGUAGACGAAACACACACAGCCUCUUCGUGAGAUUUUUUUGUGAAAUAACGUCAAAUGCGGAUCUCAUGCUCCGUGUAUGAAUAAAGAAAAGACAACACGGAAGAACUUCAAUCUCUUCCCCCCAAUUUAUGACAGCUGUUUUCUAUCCAGAACAUCAUUCCAAUACUCAACCUUCACCGUGAGAGAUUAAUCCACCUUUAUAUUAUGUGAUUGUUCCUGCUGUCAGAAAAUCCCAUGACAAGACCAACAGCAAACAUUAUUUUGUACUCUGUGGCUCUCACAACCAGGACCACUGGUUUCUACUGAAAAUAUACAUAGUUAAAAAUGGCAGGAUUUAUUUUCAAUUCUAAAGAUUAUUCAAUAAUUUGUGCAUUUUUGCAGGAGAAUUUUUUGGUGUUGGACACCUUUGCUGAAUCCUGGACAUAGCACCGCCCAAAAGGAGUGUGAUUGAUUUGAAAAACAUAAAAAAGCCAGAACAGUUUUUCCCCAUUAUAGCAGAAUGAUAACAAGAUGUAGUCAAACCAUUCUACAGUAAGAUACGUAGAGCUGUGGAGACAUUUGGGGAAGCAGAAUAAUGUACUUGGAGUUAAAGCAAAAUAAACCAGCAUUUUUCCUGCAUUAAAGAAUUGUUGGCCACCUCCAAAGAGGUUUUACUCAGAAAAAAUGACAAGAAUUGAAAAUAAAGAAAAUAAAAACAACUGUUUUGUUAAUAGGCGUUAUUGACAUGAUAAAAAAAAAAAUGUCAGAAAUAACAAGAAGUGACCCAAAUAUCUAUCAAAUAAGGUUACACACAGUGCUGUACGCAGUUAUCAGUACUUGUUCAAUCGGUUUUUUGUUGAUUUGGGUCUUCACGUGGGAUUUUUUGACAUAGAAAAAAAAAAAGUUGAUGUUUUUAAACAGUUCGAGUCUGAAUUUUACAGCAUUAACAGUGUACGACGUAAGGGGUCACUAUUAGACCAUUUGAAAACUCACAAAGUGUGAAAUCCCAGUUCAACAAGGAUGGGAUGCAAUGGAUCCCCAUUUCAGAUAUAUUGCAAUUAUUCGAUUACUGUGUUGCAGAUGGACAGACUUGUAACUCAGAGCAACAUCACUGUUCACUGGUGGAUCUCUGUGGUUUUCACUGGAUGACAGAGUGAGGUGGGUUUCGGAUGAAGUGGAUUCAUUUCACAUAGUCGUGCUGUAGGGGUCCUUUCUGUUGUACAAAUGAUCUGUUUUCUAUUUGUUAAUAAAAAGCAGAGAAAAUGUCUUGAAAACCUUGAUGUUAAUAAAGUUGAAAAAUUGGGUUUUUAAUAUAAAA